AUGGCGUUAAUUGCACUUAUUGUGAAUUUUCUUUUUGCUGUUACUGCCAUUUGGGUGAUUUUCUACCUGUAUACGAGAUACAACCAUACCUACUGGAAGAGACUGGGCAUUCCUUCGUUGCGGACACACUGGUUCUAUGGUAAUUUAGAGGAUGGAAUACUGUUUCGAAAAUCUCCAUCAGUUGUAGUUGGUGAAUUACACCUUGAAGCUCCUGAAAGCGACGUGUUAGGAAUCUACAUUCUACAGAAGCCCUUCUUACUGGUGAGAAAUCCGGAACUAAUCAAGCAGAUUUUAGUCAAAGACUUCAAUGUUUUCCCGGAUCGUUUCUUCACCGCUGAAUCCCGUUCCGAUAAGAUCGGUAGUUCGAAUCUGUUCACGAUCAAGAACCCGGAAUGGAGACAGUUGAGGACCAAGAUAACGCCAGUGUUUACAAGUGGAAAAAUGAAAAAGCUAUUUUACUUAAUAAUUGAAACCGCGGAUACGAUGAAGAACUAUUUGCAUGAUGAAUUUUCCGAUGGGACAAAAACGAAGACUAUGUUGAUGAAAGAUGUUACAAUGAAGUACACCACAAAUAUUAUAUCUUCGGUUGCUUUUGGAGUCUGUGUAAAUUCUUUCGAUACUAACAAUAAUGAAUUCUUCCGAAGAGCGCAAAAGGGAUUAAGACAGACGUUUUUUGGUGGCCUCCAGUUAUCCAUUAUGUUCUUCUUCCCGUAUAUUUCGUCGUUUAUGGGCAAAAAAAUAUUAGGUAGUGCGACGGACUACUUACGUAAAGUGUUUUGGGAUUCCAUGGAUAAUAGAGAGAUAACAAAAACCAAAAGAGGGGACUUAAUUGAUUCUCUAAUUGAGCUGAAGAAUAAUAAACAAGAGAACGAUUAUAAGUUGAAGGGUGAUGUCUUGGUAAGUCAAGCAGCUAUUUUCUUCAUUGCUGGUCGCGAAUCCAGCGUGGCCACAAUGUGUUUUGCCUUAUUUGAACUUGCUCGGAACCCAGGUUUACAAAAACGGGCACGAAAUGAAAUUCUCCAGAUAUUGGAAACCCAAGAACUGACUUACGAAAGUAUUCAGAACAUGAAGUACGUUAAUCAAGUAAUUUCAGAAAUUUUAAGAAUGUAUCCGCCAGCUCCAAUUCUGGAUCGAGUGGCCACUUCGAAUUACAAGAUACCUGGUACUGAUAUGAUUAUAGAAAAAGGAACACCAAUAUAUGUGCCUUUGUACGGUCUUCAUCGGGAUCCGAAAUUUUAUUCUACACCGGAUCGUUUCGAUCCCGAUAGAUUUAGCGACGAAAAUAAGGGUAAUAUUAAACAAUGCACAUAUAUGCCUUUCGGAGAAGGUCCCCGAAUUUGUAUCGGUUUACGACUUGGUACAAUGCAGUCUAUCAUGGGAGUAAUCACAGUCCUUAAGGAUUAUGAAGUUUCGUUAGACCCUACAUUUAAGUAUGAAAUCGAGCGCAGUAAUGUUUUCCUUACAGUACCAGACGGAUUUAGAUUAAAUUUAACAAAACUGUAAGAAU